AUGGGUCAGGAGGCCGUGGCAGCGAACGGCACCGCCUCCACCGCCGGCGGCGGCCGCGCCAGGCCGCACGCCGUGGUGAUGCCGUACCCGCUGCAGGGCCACGUCAUCCCGGCGGUGCACCUGGCGCUGCGGCUGGCGGAGCGCGGGUUCGCGGUCACCUUCGUCAACACGGAGUCCGUGCACCACCAGAUCGGCGCCGGCGGCGACAUCUUCGCCGCCGUGCGGGGGCGCGCGGGAGCGACGACGUCGACGACGACGGAGGACGGCGACCACCAGCAGGAGCUGGACGUGCGGUACGAGCUGGUGAGCGACGGCUUCCCGCUGGGCUUCGACCGCUCGCUGAACCACGACCAGUUCAUGGAGGGCGUCCUGCACGUGCUCCCGGCCCACGUCGAGGAGCUCCUCCGCCGCGUCGUCGUGGACCCGGCCACCACGCCUCGUCGUCGACACCUUCUUCGUGUGGCCGGCCAAGCUGGCGCGGAAGCUGGGCGUCCCGUACGUGUCCUUCUGGACGGAGCCGGCGCUCAUCUUCAACCUCUACUACCACAUGGACCUGCUCACCAAGCACGGUCACUUCAAAUGCAAAGGUAA